AGGCUCAACUGUUCUCACACUGUGUUUUCUGAAAUCAUAUCUGAAUAAGGACUUUGUUUCAGAAGACAAACUCCUUGGGCUUCGUCCCUCCAGUUCAAGGCACUCUUGUGGAUACAAGGUGCCUUCCACCAUGUCAACACAGGCACCAACAUUUACACAGCCACUUCAGAGUGUUGUGGCACUUGAGGGUAGUGCUGCAACGUUCGAAGCUCAAGUUAGUGGUAAUCCAGUUCCAGAGGUGAGUUGGUUUCGUGAUGGCCAGGUUCUUACUGCUGCAGCCCUGCCCGGCACUCAGAUCUCGUUCAGCGAUGGCUGCGCUGUUCUGAUGAUCCCUGCCGUGACAGCCGCACACAGUGGAAGAUUUUCAGUGAGAGCCACCAAUGGCGCUGGACAAGCCACUAGCACCGCUGAACUGCUGGUUACAGCUGAAACUGCGCCACCAAACUUCAUUCAGAGACUACAAAGUAUAACCGUAAGACAAGGAAGCCAAGUGAGACUUGAUGUUCGAGUUACAGGAAUCCCUACACCUGUGGUGAAGUUCUACAGAGAGGGAGCUGAGAUUCAGAGCUCUGCUGACUUUCAGAUUGUUCAAGAAGGAGACCUUUACAGUUUGUUGAUUGCAGAGGCCUUCCCAGAAGAUUCUGGAACUUAUUCUGUCAGUGCUUCAAACAGCAGUGGGCGUGCAACUUCAACUGCUGAGCUGCUUGUUCAGGGUGAAGAAGCAGUACCUGCAAAGAAGUCAAAAACAAUAAUUUCAGCAUCACAGAUUUCACAGACCCGACAGACUAGAGUGGAGAAAAAAAUGGAGGCUCAUUAUGAAACCUCUGCCACAACCAUGAAGCACAUGCAAGUAGAGGGAGGUGUCGUGACCCAGCAGCUAGCACAUAAGACACCACCUCGUGUGCCCCCUAAACCAACCUCCAAAUCCCCCCCUUCACAACUGACUAAAGUGGCAGGCGCUCGCCAACAGUCUCCCUCUCCUGUGAGGCAUGUUAAGGGUCCUACACCCACUCCUGUCAGAGCUGUGCCUCCCUCUAUGAGACUGUCUGUUUCCCCAAUCAGACCUGUCAAGUCCCCUGUGAUGACCCGCAAACAGGUCGCACAAACCUCUGAGGUCCUGCCUCCAUGGAAACUGGAGGGCUCUGUUUCAGAGGCCAGCUACACCAGCAUGACUGCAGGAGCAACACAAGUCCAGACCACCAAUGUCCAAAUGGAUCAACUCUCUAUUCAGCAACAAGUUGGCGCUGUCAAAGAGGGUGAUGGAAAAAAGGCAGAGGCCGUGGCCACUGUGCUGGCAGCUGUCGAUCAUGCACGUAUACGAAAGCCCACACAUACUGAAGUGGCUCAGAUGGAGGAAGAGGCUGAUAUAAGACAGCAGGACAUGCUAGCCACUAAGCAACAGGUCACAAGUAAAAAGGAGGUGUUGCUAAUUCCCCCUGAAAUCCCAACUGCCACUACUAAGCAAAGUGUACAUGUUACCCAGGUUAGAAGGAUAACAAGUACAGAGGUUAGCUCCAAUGUGGAGACUGGCUUUGCACCAUCCCCAGUUCCACAUUUCACAGUAUCAAAAGUUACUGUACCAAAAGCAGAUCAAAGCUAUGAGGUUUCAAUCGCAGGUUCUGCUAUUGCCACACUACAAAAAGAGUUAUCCUCAGCAACUGCUGCUCAAAAGAUCAUCAAGCCCAUCAAGCCUCCAACAUAUAAGAUUGUGGAGACUCGUGUUGCCCCAGAGCUGACCCCUCCUCUGUUUAGAGACACUGCAGAGAGAUAUCAGACGCAUUUUGACACAGAGUUACACAGACAGAUAGGAGUUUCAUUUACUGGCCAAGAGUGGGACACACAGGUUGUUGAGACUGCAGCAAUCCCCUCAGCUAUCAAAGAGCCUGUUAGGCCACCUACCUUGAUAGCAGGUUUGAAAAACGUGACUGUCACUGAGGGAGAGUCUGUGACUCUGGAGUGCCAAAUUUCAGGCCACCCCUCCCCAGCCAUUAUGUGGUUUAGAGAGGAUUAUAGAAUCGAAAACUCCAUUGAUUUCCAGAUUACUUAUGAAAAUAGCUAUGCCCGCUUGGUGAUCCGCGAAGCCUUUAUUGAAGAUAGUGGUCGAUUUUCAUGCACUGCUACCAGCGAGGCUGGAACUAUAAGCAGCUCCUGCUACCUGCUUGUCAAAGUGUCUGAGGAGAUUGAAAGCAGAGAGGAGAUUACUGUUCAGAAGAAACAGACUGUCAUUGAAGCCAAAGAGGACACCAUGUCUCAAGUUUCCGUAGACACUGGAACCCCUGCAGCUCCAUUUUUUGUGAAGAAGCCAGUGGUUCAGAAACUAGUCGAGGGUGGCAGUGUUGUCUUUGAGUGCCAGAUCGGAGGCAGCCCUAAACCCCAUAUUUACUGGAAGAAGAGUGGAGUUCCACUCACUACUGGAUACAGAUAUAUUGUUAGCUAUAACAAGGACACAGGGCAAUGCAAGUUGGAGAUUUCUAUGACAUUUGCUGAUGAUGCUGGAGACUACACCAUCUUCGCUAAGAACCAACAUGGAGAGGCCUCUGCUUCCACAAGCCUUCUUGAGGAAGAGGAAUUUGAAUCCUAUAUGAAGAAACAGGAUGUGACAUACAUAACGGAAGUGACGACAGUGGUACAGGAAUCCAAAGUGGCAGAUGUUCCCCCUGUUGUUUUAAGUGAAUAUGAAAAAGUGCUUAUGCAGAGGAGGAUGGCUCAACAAACACGAAUGAUGCAGUCCUUCAUCUCAGAGACGGAGUUUCACAUUUCUGCAGUCGAGCAAAGAAUAAUCCAAGAGAUUGAAAACGGCAUCCUUAAAAUAACAUACCAAGAGAUGGUGAUUGAAGAUGGUGAAGAGAUGGUCAUGAAUACUGCCGAGCAUGAGGCUGUCGGAUCCUCAUUUAGCACUCCAGUCAAAAGCUACAGAAUUUUGGAAGGAAUGGGUGUCACUUUCCAUUGCAAGAUGGAAGGAAAACCAUUACCAAAGAUUGCCUGGUAUAAAGAUGGCAAGCGCAUUAGGCAUGGAGGGCGCUAUCAGAUGGAGCUUCUACAGGAUGGUAGAGCCAGUCUGCGCCUUCCUGUGGUGCUGCCAGAAGAUGAGGGCAUCUAUACUGCAUUUGCCAGCAAUAUGAAGAGUAACGCUGUCAGUUCCGGAAAGCUCUAUGUGGAGUCCACUGCAGCUGCUCAGCCUUACUACCCUCAGGCCGAAGCAGUAAGGAGAGUACAGUCUUCAUCUCCAAUGUCUGCACCCUCAACUAGCUACUCCCCUGGUCGUUCUCCUGCACGGUCUGUUAGCCGUUCUCCUGCUCGUAGACUUGAUGACACAGAUGAGACCCAACUGGAGUGGCUGUAUAAGCCUGUGUUUGUACAGAAGCCAUCAUCCUUCAGGUGUUCUGAGGGACAGACUGCAAGGUUUGAUCUGAAAGUAGUUGGAAGACCCAUGCCUGACACCUACUGGUUCCACAAUGGGCAACAAGUGGUCAAUGACUACACCCACAAGAUUGUGGUAAAGGAGGAUGGAACUGAGUCAAUGAUUGUAGUUCCUGCAAUGCCUCAGGAUUCUGGAGAGUGGAUUGUAGUUGCUCAGAACAGAGCAGGAAAGACAACUGUUUCUGUGACUCUCACUGUUGAAGCAAAGGAAAAUUUGGUCCGACCUCAGUUCAUAGAAAAGCUAAAGAACAUCAGUGUUAAGCAGGGAAGUUUAGUUGAGUUGGCAGUGAAAGCCAUUGGAAACCCCCUUCCUGACAUUGUCUGGCUUAAAAACAGUGAUAUCAUCUCUCCUCAAAAAUACCCUCACAUCAAAAUUGAGGGUACCAAAGGAGAAGCACAUUUCAAGAUUCCACAGACCUCUGGCUCAGACAGUGCAUGGUACACAGCCACAGCUAUAAACAAAGCUGGCAGAGAUACCUCCCGCUGCAGAGUCAGUGUUGAGGCAGAGUUCACCGAACCCGAACCAGAAAGAAGACUCAUCAUUCCCAAAGGGACAUAUAAGGCUAAGGAAAUUGCUCCACCAGAGAUUGAACCGCUGCAUCUUCGCUAUGGCCAGGAACAAUGGGAAGAGGGUGACCUCUAUGACAAGGAAAAGCAACAGAAGCCACAUUUCAAAAAGAAGCUUACUUCCGUCCGGAUGAAGCGAUUUGGUCCUGUGCACUUUGAGUGUAGACUCACCCCUAUUGGUGACCCAACCAUGAUUGUUGAGUGGCUGCAAGAUGGCAAGCCACUUGAAGCUGCUAACAGGCUGCGCAUGAUCAAUGAGUUUGGUUAUUGCAGUCUUGUUUAUGAAGUUGCUUAUUCCAGAGAUAGUGGUGUCAUUACUUGCAGAGCCACCAACAAGUUUGGUGCUGACCAGACCUCCGCAACGUUGAUUGUGAAGGAUGAGAAGAGUCUGGUAGAGGAGAGUCAGUUGCCAGAGGGAAGGAAAAUACAAAGAAUGGAUAAAAUGGAGCGAAUUGCUCAUGAGGGUGCACCCUCUGGAGUAACCAGAAAUGACAUGACUGAGAAGUCCAAACCAGAGAUAGUCUUGCUCCCAGAACCCAUACGAGUGUUUGAGGGGCAAACAGCGAAAUAUCGCUGCAGAGUGACUGGUUACCCAACUCCCAAAGUCAACUGGUACCUCAAUGGACAGCUCAUUCGGAAGAGCAAAAGAUUCAGACUGCACUAUGAUGGCAUUCACUACCUGGAAAUCACAGACUGUAAAAUCUAUGAUUCUGGAGAUGUCAGAGUGUUGGCUGAGAACCCAGAUGGUACAGCUGAACACACUGUAAAGCUUGAAAUCCAACAGAAAGAAGACUUCAGGUCAAUUUUGCGCCGUGCUCCUGACAUGAAGGCUCCGGAGGCACCUGGCACUGAACCUGGCCGGGUAUCCUUUGAUGUUGUGAAGGUGGAUAAACCUGCAGAGGCUUCACAAGCAAAAGAGGUUGUUAGACUGAAGAAGGUGGAAAGACUUGUUCAUGAAAGAUCUACAGAAGAGACGGAAGAGCUGCGAAGCAAAUUUAAACGCAGGACUGAAGAGGGGUAUUAUGAAGCCAUAUCCUCUGUUGAGAUGAAGUCUCGUAAGAAGGACGAGGCGUAUGAAGGCAUGUUAAAGAAGAGAAAAGAAGAUCUUUUGCACUGGACCAAAGAGGUGUCUGAGUCUGAAAAGGAGAAAGAGGAGGAAGAACACAAAAUUACCAUUCCUACAAUUAGACCUGAGAAAAUAGCCCUCUCUCCUAGCAUGGAGGCUCCAAAGAUCUUGGAAAGAAUUCAGAGCCAGACAGUUUCUCAGUCUGAUGAAGUUCGCUUCCGUUGUAGAUUUGUUGGUAAACCAAAUCCAGAGUGCCAGUGGUUCAAAAAUGGAAUUUUACUUGAGAAGUCAGAUCGUGUUUAUUGGUACUGGCUUGAGGACCAUGUUUGUGAAUUGGUGAUCAGAGAUGUCUCGGCUGAGGACUCUGCUAGUAUUAUGGUCAAAGCUAUUAACAUAGCUGGUGAGGCCUCAAGUCAUGCCUUCUUGAUGGUGCAAGCCAAGCAAGUCAUAUCUUUUACCCAAACUCUAGAGGAUGCCUAUGCAAAAGAGAAAGACACAAUGGUGACCUUUGAGUGUGAGACAAAUGAGCCAUUUGUCAAGGUCAAAUGGUUGAAGAACAAUGCAGAAAUUUUCUCUGGAGACAAAUACAGAAUGCACUCUGACAGAAAGGUGCACUUCCUGUCUGUGUUGAUAAUCAAUAUGCAAGAUAUUGCAGAGUACACUUGUGUUGUAGCUGAUGAUGACCACAUAAGAACUACUGCCAAACUUCAUGUUGAAGGUGCACCAUUGGAAAUUGUGAAAAAUCUGGAAAGCGUUGAAGUGCCCGAGACAUACUCUGGAGAGUUUGAGUGUGAACUGUCCCGUGAGGAUGCUGAAGGCACCUGGUUCUUUGAGAACAAAGAAAUUGCCCCAAGCCUAAAAUAUGUUGUGUCAUCUCGCCGUGGCCGACACACCCUAUCUGUAAAAGAUGUCAGGAAGGAAGACCAGGGCAAAUAUACUUUCAAAGUGGGUGAUCUGAAAACAAGUGCCACGCUGAAAAUGAAAUUGCGCCCUGUAACUCUGAUGCAGGGACUCUCUGAUCUGACUGUCUGUGAGGGUGAUAUAGCCCAAUUGGAGGUGCGAUUCUCUCAGGAAAACGUGGAGGGAACAUGGAUGAAAAAUGGUCUGCCUAUCUCUGCCACUGACAGAGUUCACAUUGUCAUUGACAGACUUGUCCACAAACUUCUGGUGGAAAAUGUCAGCAGAGAUGAUGCAGGAAUGUACUCAUAUGUUGUUUCGGUUCAAGGCAUUUCUACAACUGGAAAACUGACUAUUCAAACAAUUGAAGUUGUAACCCCUCUAAAGGAUGUUCAUUCCAUUGAGGGUACAAAGGCAGUGCUAGAAGCUAAAAUCUCUGCCCCUGAUGUUGCUUCUGUGAAAUGGUACCAAAAUAAAAAGCUCCUUGUACCUAGUGAAAGAAUCCAGAUGGUUGCCAAAGGGUCCAAACAGAGACUGGUCUUGAACAGGACCUUUGCUUCCGACGAAGGACAGUAUAAGAUGGUCGUUGGCAGAGUGGAAUCAACUUGUAAACUGUCUGUUGAGAAGGUCAGCAUCAUCAAGCACAUGGAGGACUGUGUGUGCACUGAAACUCAGAAUGUCACCUUUGAAGUAGAACUAUCCCACAGUGGAAUAGAUGCUUACUGGACCUUCAAGAACCAGCCUCUCAAGGCUGGAGCCAAAUACAAAAUUGAAUCCAAAGGGAAGUGCUAUAGCCUCACCAUCAUCCAUGCCAUGAAGGAUGAAGAGGGACAGUAUGCAUUUGCAGUGGGUGAAAAGACAUCCAGUGCAAAACUUACUGUGUCAGGUGGUGCUAUAAUCAGGCCACUUUGUGAUGUGACUGUGGCAGAAUCCCAAACUGCUAUGCUAGAAUGUGAGGUUGCCAACCCCAACUCUGAGGGAAAGUGGCUUAAAGGUGGCCACCCUGUUGACUUUAGUGACAAUGUCAGGAGCGAAGAUAUAGGUGCAGUCCGCCGACUUGUCUUUGUUAUUACAAGACCACAAGAUAUCGGAGAGUACACCUAUCAAGUGGCAAAUUCCAAGACAUCUGCCAACCUAAGGGUCGAAACUGUGAAAAUCAAGAAGACAUUGAAGAACCAAACAGUCACUGAAACACAAGAGGCAGCAUUUAGUCUUGAACUCACACAUUUAGAUGUGAAAGGAUCCCAGUGGAUCAUGAAUGGAAUAGAAAUUGUCCCCAGUGAUAAAUAUGAGAUAACUGUUGAAGGUAUGGUUCACACCCUGAAGAUCAAGAAUUGCAACUCUCAAGAUGAAUCAAUCUAUGGAUUCAAACUUGGAAAACUCUCUGCUAAUGCCAGACUGAAUGUUGAAACUGUAAAGAUUGUGAAAAAGCCAAAAGAUGUGACCUCCCUGCUGAAUGGAACUGCUUCAUUUGAGCUGAGUUUGUCCCACGAUGACAUACCGGUUAAAUGGUUGUUAAAAAACCAAGAGCUAAAACCUAGUGCCGAUAUUCAAAUAAUGUCAGAAAGGAAAGCACACAAGUUGGUCAUUCAGAAUGUUGUGGAAAGCAGUGCUGGAGAGUACACAGCUGUAGUUGGACAUUUGCAAUGUACUGCUUAUUUACAUGUUGAAUCUUUGAGAGUCACAAAGCCCCUGAGGAACACUGAGGUUCCAGAGACCCAUGUGGCCACAUUUGAGUGUGAGGUUUCACAUUUCAAUGUUCCAUCCACCUGGCUGAAAAACGGAGUUGAGAUUGAGAUGAGCGAAAAGUUCAGGAUUAUGGUGCAGGGCAAACUGCAUCAGCUGAAGAUCAUGAACACAAGCAGAGACGACUCUGCCGAAUACACCUUUGUGUGUGGAACUGACAGAGUCUCUGCCACACUGACAGUUAGCCCUGUUCUCAUCACAUCUAUGCUGAAAGACCUGAAUGCACAAGAGAAGGACACCAUCACAUUUGAGGUGACUGUCAACUAUGAAGGCAUCACCUACAAAUGGCUGAAGAAUGGAGUAGAAAUCCGAUCAAGUGAUAGAUGCCAAACUCGCACCAAGCAGUUCACUCACUCUCUCACAAUCCGUAACAUUCACUUUGGAGAUGUUGGAGAGUACAAAUUUGUGGCCGGAUCUGCUAAAACAUCAGCAAAACUGUUUGUUGAAGCUCGUGUCAUUGAAUUCACCAAGCACAUCAAAGACAUAAAAGUUACUGAGAAGAAGAAGGCCGUUUUUGAAUGUGAACUCUCUGAGCCUUAUGUCAUGGUAACAUGGAUGAAAGAUGGUCAGGAACUUGAAAUUUCUGAAAGGUUCAAAGUCUCCACAGAAAGACACGUGCAAUGUCUGAUGAUCCAAAUGGUGCGCAUGUCUGAUGCCGGUGAAUACUCUGUGGUUGCUGGCUCUAGCGUAUCUAAGGCCUACCUCACAGUUGAGGGCAAGGAUGUGCGUAUCAGCGAACCUGCAGAGAAAGAAAUCACUGUGCUUGAGAGACAACGAGCUACAAUUGAAUUUGAAGUCAGCGAAGAUGACAUUGAGGGUCGCUGGCUGAGAAAUGGAGUUGAGAUCCAGUUCUCUGUAGAUCAGCAUUUCAGCUAUGUGACUAUUAGAAAAACCCAUCGCCUGACAAUCACAGAAACCUACAGAAGUGAUGCAGGACAAUACACAUUCAUUGCUGGAAAGAACAGGAGUGUGGUGACCCUACAUGUCAACAUCCCUGAGCCACCUCAGAUCGUCAGGCACAUGCAGCCUCUGUCUGUUGAAGCUGGCAAACCUGCACACUUCUCUGUUGAGGUGACAGGAACUCCUCAGCCCCUGGUGUCCUGGUAUAAGAACUCUCAGGCCCUGUCUUCUGGCUUCAAGUGUAAAUUCCUCAGGGAAGGAAAUGAGCACACCUUGCUGCUCUUAGAGGUCUUCCCAGAGGAUGCAGCUCAGUACAACUGUGAAGCAAAGAAUGACUAUGGAGUAGCCACAAGCUCUGCUGCACUUACUGUGGAAGUUCCAGAAGUUGUUUCCCCUGAUACUGGAGCACCACUAUCACCACCUGUGGUCAUAUCACCCUUACGUAACACUUCUGCCAAUGAAGGAGAAUUUGCCAGAUUCCAGUGCCGAGUCUCAGGGGAAGAUAUGGCGAUUAAGUGGUAUUUCAAAGACAAGGAGAUCAAGCAGUCUGAAAUAUACAGAGUUUCUCAGUUUGAUGAGAACUGUCAGCUGGAGAUUGUCAGAGUUUAUCCUGAGGAUGAGGGCGAGUACACAUGUGUUGCUCGGAACUCUUCUGGAAUGGUCUCUUGCUCUGCUGUUUUGAAACUGGAUGGACAAACGCAAAUUGCGGGCUAUACAUCCAAGUCUCAGUCGCAAGCCACAUCCAGUCUCUUCACAAGCGUUAAGUCUGUACAGAAGGAACCCAUUGGCCAAAGACCCACUUUUAUUCAACCUAUUGCGAGCUGUGUGGUGACUCAUGGGGAAGUGGCCAGAUUCCAUGCUUGUGUGUCUGGCAUGCCAAAACCAGAGAUUAGUUGGUUCCAUGACCGGCAGCCUAUAAAGCCUACCAAAAAUAUUGUCUUUCAUUUCGAUGAGAUGACAAACACUACUACGCUAAUCAUAGUUGAUACUUUCUCUGAGCAUGCUGGGCAGUACACUUGCAAAGCAGUCAAUAUCGCUGGAGAGGAAGCUUGCUCAGCCAGCCUUGCUGUAACCGAAGAAGUCACAAAUGUACGAGAGGAGAUUGAAGCAAAAAUCGAGGAAGAAGUCAAAGAGUUGUUUUAUAAUGAAGGAACUGAAUACAUUGAAAAAGGAGGACAGCAAUAUGGUGCAUUGUCAGACCCGGAAGAAAGUGUAGAUCAUGGUCUUGUAGCCCCAUCUGAAAACAUUAAACCAUCCUUCACCAAAAAGUUGAAAUUUCAAUCUGUUUUGGAGGGUGAGACUGCAGCUUUUAGGUGCAAGCUAGUUGCAAUGCCUGCUCCAACAAUAUUAUGGUUUCAUAAUAACAGACAAAUACAGAAGGAGCACCAUCGUAAAAUACAUAUAGUAAGUAAAAUGCACAUGUACUCAACAAGUUUAACAAUUGAGGGGAUUAAGGAAAAAGACUCAGGCAGCUACAAAGUCAUGGCAAUUAAUACUGAAGGAUCUGCUGAAUCCACAGCAUCACUUCUUGUAUCACUGAGGGAAGAACAAGAUGUAAAUUAUUUAAGUUAUGCCAGACAUUCAAACAAAGCCCACUCAAGCUCAGAUUCAUUAGCCGAUUCAGCCAAGGAGAGAAAAUUUCGAGUAGACCUAAGAUGUGUUGGCUCUCCAUUUGAUAAAAUAAGUAAAGGUCAAAUAAAGGGCCGUUAUAGAUCAAAAAACUCUCUGUUCCGCACCAUGUAUUUUAGAACUGCAUCCCCAUCGAGAACUUCAGAAAAGGAGAGCAAGUUUGAAACGGCAUCAGAACGUGCACGUUCACCACCUCCAAUGUAUGAGAGGUACGAGAGUUUCAAUGAUCGUUACAGUGAUAUAUACUGUGACAGAUUCACAGGACGUGACCGAUACAGUGACCGGUUUAGUGAUAAAUUCAGUGACAGGUGUAGUGACAGGUACAGUGAUAGAUUUAGUGACACAGACAGCCUUCAUGGAGAGGUUAAAGCUAAACUGAGUCUCUUACAAAAGGCUGUCAAGAAGAAAAAGAGACUCUCUAUAUCUACAAUGUCUUCAUCUGAGUUUGAGGUGGAAUCGGUUACAAGUGAGCCUUGUUCCACAGAUUAUGUUGAGAGACUCAGAGUAAAGCCCUCCACUUUGCCUGAACUUCAGCAUGUUGUUCGCACUGGUGAGCAAGGUGAAAGUGCCAGCGGUUCAGCAGAAUUUCAGAGUAGACUGGAAAGAAUCACUGGACUUAGCUCUCAAUCAACUGAGCGAAGAGUCAGACACUCCUUUGAACCUCAGUCAAGAUCUAGGGCUCUGCAAAUGAUAAAGGGUGAACUUCCUCUAGAGAAAGGUUUAAGAAAAGGCACUGAAGUUGAUUUAUCUGACACACUGAGGGAUCAAAGGAUCGUAUCCAAAGAGGAGUCAGAAAAGGAGAUAGAAUAUCAUACUUUAGUGCACAAAGUUGAUGAUAGUCUUGGCCAGUGGGAUGAGGAGGCACAGGUCAAGGCAAAGGAACCAUUUGUGUUGCAAUGGUUAGAGGCAGGAGAAGCUUCCAAACAAAUGAGCAAUACAAAACAGAUAAGAAGCCCAUCUCAUGAGGAACCAAGAGAUAAAAAGUUGUCAAGAGCAAAAACAGUGAAGUCAAUGAAAGAAAAAAUGAUUGGUGAUGAUGGUCUGCAACAUGUAAGUAAAAAGGUUCCUGUACAGGAGUUAGAACAGAGAGCUGUGUCUGUGGAGAACAUCCUUGAGAAAAACCAGGAGAGUGAGUGCUUAGAGAGUGACAAUCAGUUCUUAGCUCAGCACAUUCAAAAAUUGCAACAGGAUGUGGAGUGGAAUGAAGAGGCACAAAUUAAAGCAAAGGAACCAUAUGUAUUGCAAUGGUUAGAAGCAGGAGAAGCUUCCAAACAAGAAAGCAAUACAAAGGAGAUCAUCCCAUCACAUAAGGAGCCUCAAGACAAAGAGUCUUUAAGAGCAAAGGCAGUGAAGCCAAUGAAAGAAAUAUUUCUUUGUGAUGAUGGCCUGCAACAUGAAAGUAAGAAUGUUCUUGUACAUAAAUUAGAACAGAGAGCUAUGUCUGUGGAGAACAUUCUUGAGAAAAACCUGGAAAGUGAGUGCUUGGAGACUGACGAUCAGUUCUUAGCUCAGCGCAUUCGAAAAUGGCAACAGGAUAUGCAAAUUAGUCAGGCAGAGACAGUUGUGCCUCAGUGGUUAGAGCAAAAAGACUCUUAUACUCAUGAAUCUGUUGGUAAAGCUCACAAAGAAGCAGCUACUAUAAAAGCUCAAAGGGAUUCCUCAUUUUCAAAAAUUCCAAGAUCCCCACCAAAAUGUUCACGAGAAUGCUCAGCAGAGAGUGAGUUGCAUUUAUCGAGAGAAAGAAUAAAUGAGCUGAAGAGUGAGAGUGAACACUUUGUGAGUGAAAAAGAGGCUUUUACCCAACGUAUAAUGAAAUGGCAACAGGAUGUACUGACUGAGCAAACACAGACUGUUGAACUGGACUCUGACUGGGGUGGUGUGAUGGAGAGUGCUUUAGAAAGAGCAGUACACAAAGAUAUUGAGUUGGAAGAGACGAGUAGGUUGUCACCACAGAGAACAGCAAAAGAUAGGUUCUUAAGUGAUAUUUCUUCUCAGUCCUAUGUAAAAGAUAUUUCUAAAACGCAUACGCAAAUUCAAAGCAUUCCUGAGGCUGAUAGUGAGAAGUUAAGGACAGAAAGUGACUAUUUUGUCAGUGAGGAGGAGGCUCUCGCAAAACGCAUUAAAAAAUGGCAGCAGGAUGUUCUAAUUGAACAAGAAGAAAGUGUAGUAUUAGAAUCUAAUUGGACCAUAGCAGAGCAUGUACAGUCUUCUGCUUUAACACCGGAGAAUACGUUGAUGUCCACUGGUUUACCAACACCAGCACUUCAGUCACGUAGAACACUUGAAGGCUAUGUGGCUGAUAAAAACACUACAGAUGUGACUGAAGGUGCUGAAAAGCAGUAUUUGGCUGGUGAAGAUGUAGCUCAGUGGCAUCAUGGUAAUGUAAAAGCUGUGACGUUGUCUAAAAAGGAACCUGAUGUAACGGAGCAUCAGAAAAUACUCUCAAUUCAAGAAAUCACCUGUAUUGCUCCCACUGAAAGGAAAAUGUCUAAGAGUGUAUUAAAACUGGGAGCGCCUGUCUUUGUGAAAACAUUAAUGUCAGAUGUUGAGGUAAAGAGAGGUGAAAUGACUGAACUAAGUUGCCAGUUCCAUGGAGAUCCCCAACCAUCUGUUGCAUGGCUUAAAGAUGGGGAGCCUAUAAUGCGAGACCCAGAUUUUGAUGUUCGUACCAAAGCAACGUCAUCAACACUGACCAUUUAUUAUCCAACCAUUGACCAUCAAGGUGUCAUCACUUGUAAUAUUGCAAACAAACAUGGAAAAGCAAGUACAUGUUGCAAUUUUAAAGUAAACAGUGAUGAUCAGACAAGAACCAGUUUUGAGCCUCCCCAAGAAGUUAAAGUAACAGAUGAGACAGCAUUAACUGAAGAAGAAAUGAUAGAGGAAGAACUUAAGUCACUAAUGACCCCUGUGCUAGACAGCAAAUACACAUUACAGGUACCUCAGGCAGUCAUCCACAUACCUUGGACUUCAGACUCUUCCAUUCACUCCUCACCAGUUGAAAUCAGAAUAACUGCUCCAACGCCUGUGUUCGAAAUUGUUGAUGAGGCUAAAGAUACAUAUGAGCCCAUUAAGAAAGUCUCAGAGUCUCCGGUUGACGAUAGCACCUCUCAAACUGUAAAGCAUAAGUUCAGAUUUUCUUUUGAUGUUGUUGGUGAGGCUCCCCAGGUUAUUAGAGAGCUGGAGAACAUAAGUGCUUUAGAGGGCCAGACCGCUAUGCUUGAAUGCAUCAUAAGUGGUGAACCAGUACCCGAAGCCACAUGGUCCCAUUAUGGCAUUUCCCUUGAUCUUAAUACCAGCAAAUAUAGACUUGAGGUACAAGACAAAAGAUACAGACUUUACAUUGAGAAUUUCACAUAUGUUGAUGCUGGAACAUAUAGAUGUAUUGCAUCUAACAAACUCGGACAGGUUGAAAGUUUUGCUGAUGUUUCUUUUGAUUCCACAACUCUGGACUCUGGAUUUUCAUCCAUUGCCAUGUCAGAAGUGAACCACCAAACAAAAUCUGCUGAAUUAUCUUCAGAAGCAACUAUAGUUAGAAAAAAGUCUUUGCCAAGUUCUUCCAUACCAUCCCGAGAAAUCACUCUUAAAAGUGAUUAUCAUUUCACUUCAGUAAGUCCUGCUGAUUUUCAGGAUUUUGGCAAAACAGAUGAACUUUAUGGCACACAGGAGGAUGCUCCCAAACUCAGGCGCGUUAAGAAACCAACAUCAGACAUGCUGGUCAUAACAGGUAGUGGUUUGCAGUCAUCUGGCGCAGAGGUUAAAGUAUCAAAACUAAAACAAGCAUUUGAAACCCCAACAACUGCCAUAGGUGAGCUUGUUGAGACAAUAACACAGCCAAGGGAUGAGUAUUAUUUUCCUGUUGAAGAUAUUCCUGAGGUUGCUCUUGAACCUGAGCAAUAUGGAAAGGAACAAACAACUUCCAUGAAAGAGUUCAAAGCAAAUCCUACUUUGGCUGCAGCUAAGACAUUCCCCUUAAGGACUCCCUCAGAUGUUAUAGAGGCAGGUCUGGAUAACACACAAUACACUUUUCAAGAAAAGCCAGAGGAGAAAAUGUCUUUUGUGGAAGCAACAUUAUUUGACUCGCACCAUUUUGUAUCCUUAGCAAAUGUUACAGGGGUCCAACAAUCACCACCUUUAGUCAGACCCCAGGCUAGAUUGCCAGAGAAAAUUAUUAGCCAAAAAGACAGUUCUGCCAGCCCUAAUACAGUCUCUGAGAGCACAGUUGAGCAAAGAAUUACAAAGGAGGAGGCAUUUGUUAGACAAAGUGAUCGUCACCUUGUUGGGAGUGAAAUUGAUAUCUCUGCUCAAGAAACUUUCAUUUCAGAAACCAAGGCACCACCAAUGAGUACCAUAAGCAUUCAAAGAUCACAAACUGAAACUGAGGACAUGCCACAUGAUGAAGUUUGUCCAGUUGAUAUAAAGAGUGUUGUAAUGAAAGCAUCAGAUAUGGAAAGACCAGUUAGUGUAAAACCCAAAGUUGAGGUCAACAGAGAAUUACAAGCUGACUCAGUUUAUAACACUUUGUCUGAGGAUUCACAGUAUCAGCAGCAACUGAAAAAAGCUGCUAAGCUAGGGGCUGCUGGUGUUUCCAAACUUGAGGAAGAAGAAGUUACUUUCAGUGCUGUUUAUGACUACUAUAACCCUCCGUCGGAUUGGGGAAGGCCUCUGUCGCCGGAAUCAGAAAUGUCCAUUGAAGUAGGUAGCACAUUCAGUGAGGAGAUGGCAGAAAUAGAACAGUUUUACACACCAGCUUCAUCCACAGAAAUUUCUCAAAUUCAGAAGUCACCAGAGUCUUUCCAUACCCCUUCAGAGACUCCAGGGGGUGUUACUACACCUCCUGAGUAUCCAUUUUCCCCUGAGGGACUUAAGAGACCCUCAACAAGCUCCAGUGAAGGUUUUUACUCCCUAGCUAAGUUCCUCAGUUCUCCAGAUGAUGAGGGUAUUGAAACGACUCCCCCUGUGUUUAAUAUUGAUGAGGGCAUGAUUCUUCCAGAGGGACGUGGUUUGCUAGGUAUAGGUACACUUCAGGAAAAAGUCCAGGGAAUCCCUCCAGCUUUCCUUAAGCCACUUACAAAAAGGCGAGUUUUUGAAGGUGAUUCCUUACGGUUUUGUGCUGAAGUUUUUGGACUACCCACGCCAGAGGUGAAAUGGUUUAGAAACAAAACUGAGCUUGAGGCAGAUGAGAGGACUAGCACAGAAAGAGAUGGUGAUAACAUUGCCCUGGAAAUUAGGAAUAUCACAAAAGCUGACCAAGGGGAAUAUAUCUGUGAGGCUCUUAAUUAUGUUGGUGAGGCAAAGAGUGUUGCUUUAGUUGUUGUAAUAUCCCAGGAAGCAAGGCAGAUACUACCCCCUCCUGCUGUUACUCAUCAACAUGUCAUUGAGUUUGAUGUUGAGGAGGACGAGGAUCCUUCAAGGUCUCCCUCUCCUCAAGAAAUCUUGUUAGAAGUUGAGUUAGAUGAGAAUGAGGUGAAGGAGUUUGAAAGACAGGUAAAGAUUGUCACCAUCCCAGAGUACACAGCUGACAACAAAAGUAUGAUCAUAUCCCUUGAUGUUCUGCCAAGUAUGUUUGAAGAAGGUGCUGUGGAUUUCAUAACUCAAGAAAGUGAUGAUUUAAAAAUAGCUUUUGAAGUUACUGAAAUGCCACCACGUUUUAUAAACCCCAUUUAUGACAUUGAAACACCCGAAAACACAAAUGUAAUGUUUGAAUGCUCCUUAAUGGGUAUUCCCUCGCCAAUAGUUUCAUGGCACAAAGGCAACAUGAAAAUUCCCAUGGAUAAGAAAAAGUACAUCCAUUCCUCAGAUGGUGACAAUCAUUUUCUAAAGAUUCUCAAAGCCAACACACAUGACAGUGGCAUAUAUACAUGUCGAGCCAUUAAUGUUGUUGGUGAAACCCUUUGUAGGGCAUCGCUUAUGGUUAUGAACCCUCAAUCAUUCUCAGGUAAGACAAGGGGAAGAGAAUUAACUGCAGUUUCUCUUGGCAGUGCAAAAAUUCAGCCUCAGAAGUUUGACUUGGUUGUUGGGAAUUCAUCAUUUGAUGGUGAACAAACAUCAGAGAUAGAGCUUGAAUUUGAGUUCCAACAGGAAGCCGAUGAGUCUCAGAAAGCAGUUAGACUUGUCGCUGUUACCGAUAAUGAGACAAGUGAGCAAGGAGAGAAAUAUGUUAGUAUAAACUUUGAUGUCUUUGCUGAACCCUCAAAAGAUGAUAAAAUAGAAUUCAAAGGUAAAUCAACAAACACUUGUAGUUUUCAUUUUCAGGUCACUGAAAUCCCCCCUAAAUGUAUAAUCCCGUUGCAAAAUGUCACUGCAGCUGUAGGUACACCUGUGAUGCUUCAAUGCUUAGUGAGUGGUAAGCCAAACCCUACAGCAGAGUGGCACAAAGAUGGUGCUCCUGUGAAAAAUGCUAGAUAUAUUAUCCAGGAAAAAGCAUCAGGGCAUUUCAAUCUGCUUAUAACAAAUGUAACUCACUGUGAUGCUGGUGAAUUCAAAUGUAUUAUCCAAAACAAAGCUGGUUAUACCGAAACAACUUCAUUGUUAAAGGUGUUUUAAUUUGACAGAAGUUUAAAAGUGUGGUUGAUGAAACAAUGUCAGACAGGUUUGUUGUUUUGUUUACUUUUGAUAGAUGUAAUGUAUUACAAUUGUAAAUUAUUGUGAAAUUUAUGUAUAGAAACAUUGCUCAACAUGCAUUCAGCUCUUUUGUUCAGUGGUAUAUUUUUUUAGUUAUUGAUCCCUAAUUUAUUGAGCCUGCCUUCAUGCUCCACUUUGAGGUUUAAGAUUAAGAUUUUACAGUUUUAUUUUUUAUUUAUUUUUUUGGUGUAUACUGGAAUUAUCUAUCACAAGUUAUACUAUUGUUUAGUUAAAUACAGAAGCAAUGUUACAUUAGGCUUGUAAUGGCUUGCCUUGAGAAACCCACUUAUACAUUUGGUAAUGAAAUAUAACCAUUACAAAUGUCUACCAACAGAUUUUCUGAGGCUUUCAAGCACUGAUUUGAAAGAUAAAAUUAUGCUUUCUUCUAAAUGCAUGCCCAGUGUAAUAGAUUUUAGAUAUGUCAAAUUAUAAAUACUAGACACAGGAUUUUCUUUUCUUUAAAUUCAACUGCAUGAGAGUUUUAUUGGACUCCUUUUGUGUUUGUUUUUUUCCUUAAUUUUAUUUGAUUGUUAACUGUGUGAUCAGAAAUAUAGUAAGGACAAAUCAAUUUUGAUUUGAUUUAGGAUUUAAAAAUUAGGAUUUUUAAUUCUUCCAGAAGAGUCUAAAUUUUCCUUACUCAAGUUUCUGCAUUAAAAGAGAUACUGUAUAAUGAUAAAAGGUCCUAUACAGUUUUAAAAAGUCAGCAUAGCUUUAUAGAUAUGAAUUUUAACAUUUUUGUUGUAUAGUUCGAUCGUAUUUUUCUAAAGAUGGCAUGUUAAAUAUUUAACAAGUUGUAAAUAAAAUAAAAAUAUUAAAACAAAAAAUAGUAGUAGUUAGGGUUACGAAAUGAAACCUAUUAUAAUAAUAAUAAUUAUAGCUUGCAUCUACAAUAUUUCCUCAUUUUUAUGCCCUACUGUUUCAUUUAAGGUAGUUCAUUUGAGUUAUACAAAGGUCAGCUAUUCAAACCAGCCAAUGUGCCAUAAUUUCAAGUGCAAAGGUGCUGUUCUACCCAUUUAUUGUAAUUCAAUGUACAUGAAAAGUAAAUAAAAUUAUGAUGAAAAUG